AUACAAUAGAUAUCCCUGAAGCUCUAGCUGAAUGUGAAAUGGAAAAACCGUGCAUGUUUUCAAGGCGGAGCAAAAGAAGCGGCUAAAUAAAAUGGGCUAACACACGACAUCCAACACGAAUAUUUCUCUAACGCAGCAAAAAUAUCUUUGAAUUGGUUAAACCGAAUACAAUUUGAAUGGUUGGAUAUGAACAAAGUAAAAAGAUAGAAGGAAAUAAAAGAGCGAAACAGAGAUAGAUGGGAAAAACCAGAUCGACUAGAUGAUGGCUAGCUCUAUAUACUGCGUGUGUUUUCAUGUGUUUCGAUUUUGACUUUAGUGAUGCGAGUAAUUCUUGCGUGUGCAUUGUAUAUUGCAAAACCCAUGCAAAGCAUUAUUUUUAUUUGCUUUCCAUUUAUUUGUUCAACGUACGGAUUUUCAUCAUUUUUUCUUCGGUUCAACGGAAAAAAAUUUCUAAAUAUUUUAUUUCGAUUUUUUUUUUAUUGGAAAUAGAUAUUUUUCAAUAAUGAGUUCGGCUUCUGUUGUUUUUUGGUUUCUCGUGUAAUUUCAAGUUUUGACCAAAAAAAAUAGUGUUUCAUUCAGUUAAAUAAAAAAAAUAGUGUUUGGUAAAAUAUGCAUAUAUUUUCAGCGUUUACGGCCAAUGGAUUAACAACACCCAUACAAAUCAGUCAAAGUCAACGUUGAAUACAGCGAAUAAGUUUUGUGAAUGCAAUUUUUUUUAUAUUGAUCUUUAGAUCACACUGUUUUGGCUCUACACAAAUGUUGCGGAUGCAAACGGAUAACGCCAAUUAGUGCAAAGCGAUAACAUCAAGAUCAUUGUGUAAAAAAAAAGAAUUAAAUUAACAUAAGAAAAAAUGAAAUGAUGUUACAAAAAGUGGUUGUGCAAUAUUUCGAAAACAAACGACACAAAGAAUAAAACAGAAAUUGAUACUGAACUGAAGACUUUCGUUACUGAAGCGGCGGUCACACACACACACACGAUCGACGUUCUCAGAAAAAUUCAUCCAGAUAGCAGUGUAGUGGAUUGAGAAAUAUACGAUAAGGUGUAGAAAAUUGUACAGCUAAAAAACAUACGAAAAUAUUCUGGACAAUCAUUUUGAUUGAUUCAUCGGAGAUUGGGCCCAAAUCAAUCAUCUUCAGGCAACAUUAGAAAUUCAAACGUGCCGGAAGAAAAACAACGCACAGCAACUACACACACACACACACACACACACCUGAUAGUUUUAUCUAACAAAAUAGUUGUUACAAGAUAUAUUUUUCAAACUGAUUGGAACCAGCUUGCAGCACCCGUUAAUACGGGAUGGUGCUGACACAUUUUGGAAGAUGCCACACGCAGACCGAAUAAUGCAUAGCCAUGGAGCAUCGAUGAGCCAAAGUGCAUUAUUUGGCUGUUCCUCGGCUGGCCACAGUGGUAUCAACCAAUUGGGUGGAGUUUAUGUUAAUGGGAGACCGUUACCAGAUUCGACGCGUCAAAAGAUCGUUGAAUUGGCACAUUCCGGUGCCAGACCUUGUGAUAUUUCUCGCAUUCUUCAGGUUUCAAAUGGAUGUGUUAGUAAAAUAUUGGGAAGAUAUUACGAAACUGGUUCAAUAAAACCACGUGCGAUAGGCGGCUCGAAACCACGAGUAGCCACCUCACCAGUUGUACAAAAAAUUGCCGAUUAUAAACGGGAAUGUCCUAGUAUAUUUGCGUGGGAAAUACGCGAUCGUCUAUUAUCGGAAGCGAUCUGUAAUAGUGACAAUAUACCAAGCGUUUCAUCGAUAAACCGAGUUCUAAGAAAUUUGGCAUCCCAAAAAGAGCAUCAAAUUCAGCAUCAAAAUGAAUCGGUGUACGACAAACUGCGGAUGUUCAAUGGUCAAUCGGGCGGUUGGGCUUGGUAUCCAGCGGCCGCUGCUGCGGCAACAGUCACCUGCAGCACGGCAAAUGUCCCGACACAAUUAUCGAUUCAGGCGCCGUCGAGCAUUACAAAUAUUACGGCUAGCAAUUUAACAACCAAUUUGAAUGGAAAUCAAUUAGUUCGCGAUGAUCCACUCAAACGAGAUCUUUUUUCAUUAGAUGGGCUAAAUCAAACGCCAUCCCUGGCUAAUUCACAUGAUAGUACAUCGGAUGGAAAUUCGGACAAUGGCGGAAAUUCGUCCGGAGAUGAGGAUAGUCAGUUGCGUUUGCGUCUUAAACGAAAGUUACAACGAAAUCGGACAUCAUUUACAAAUGAGCAAAUCGAUAAUUUAGAAAAAGAAUUUGAGCGAACACAUUAUCCGGAUGUGUUUGCCAGAGAGCGCUUAGCUGAGAAAAUACAAUUGCCUGAGGCCCGAAUACAGGUUUGGUUUUCAAAUCGUCGGGCUAAGUGGCGUCGGGAAGAGAAACUCCGAACACAAAGACGUUCAGUGGACCAGCAGAAUAAUAAUAGCGUUACUGGUUCCGUUGCAGCGGGCAAUGGUCAAAGCAAUGGUGGUUUAGUCUCAGCCAAUGGAAGUAGCAAUAACAAUGGCACAGGUGCCAGUGGAGGCGGGAGUAGCGCUGGUACAUCCCCUUCGUUGAUUGGCAGCGGGCCAACUUCAUCGCGUUUACCAUUGAAUUCAGGAUUCAAUUCAAUGUAUACAUCAAUACCUCAAACAAUCGGAUCAAUAACAGAAAACUAUAGUCCAAUAUCCACACCACUGGGCUCGAUGGCAUCGUCUUGUCUUCAACAACGGGAAAGCUAUCAUCCGUAUAUGUUUCAUGAUCCACUGUCGUUGAGCGCACAAUAUGCAGCCCAUCCUUCGCGACAUCACACACCGUGUAAUCCGACCGUAGCCCAUCAGCAGCCACAUUCGCAGCAUGGGAACUACAUCACUCCUGGAAGCGUUGGAAGCAAUAGCAAUUUGAACAGUUCGCCAGCGAGCACAGGAUUAAUUACGGCCGGAAUCUCUGUACCCAUUCAAAUAUCAACGCCAUCAGACAUCAGUGGAAGCUACUGGUCCCGUUUGCAGUGACAAAGCUCGAAAUAAUUUAGUUUAACCCAAAUUUUCUAACCAUUUUUGAGGAGAACAUUGUUGUGCAAAAUCUAUCGAUACAAACACAAUCAUUGGCAACGUUUUUCGGAUUCAUUGAUAUUUUCUUUUGCCCUUGGCGAAUGUUUCCCAUUAAAAUUUGUCCAUUUUCAAAAUUGGAAACUAACACGAAAUAAAAAGAAAAUUAAAUUGCGAUAAGGCAACAUUUCAACAUGCAAUCAAUUUCAUCAACUGUUUUUCGGUGUGCAGCCAGAAAUAUUUUAGCUUGUAAUGUAUUAAGUGAAAUGAUCUAGCUGUAUUGAAAUGAUAUUUUUUAAGCAUUACAUUAUUUUCCUCAAUUAUAAUCAGUUUGAUUUCUUUCCUAAAUUAAAACAUAAGUAAUUAACUGAUAUUCAAUGACAGUAGCGUUUAAGUAGUUGUUUUCACUAUAGACCAGCGAAUUGGCUGUCUGUUUAGGCACUACUGUUCAAUAGCUCCUUUCAACGGUGACCGAAGUUACUAUAGCAAGCAUGAACAAUCUCUCUCACACACACACGCAGCUGGAUUUGCUUGCUAAAGUUGGCGCAAAAUGCGUCACAUGCAUAGUAACGCAACCGACUGGUGCUGUUGAAAGGCUCUGUGGAACAGCAACGGCUGGACAGACAGCAAAUUCACUGAUCUGUUUCACAGUUUGAAUUGAUUAUGCGUAUUAUUUAAAUACAGAUGUUACCUUGUGGAUUAUACAUCACCGGUUGAUAUAGGCUUUUUCGGUUUUUACAUUUCUUUUUACCGUCAACAGUCACGUAUAUGAAUAGACUACGAUUUAUUCACAAUAGGGCUGCAAAAUGAUCAAAUUAGGUGUUUUAAAUUUAUGAAAAAAUAUAAUUUAGGUAAUAUUUGCAUUCACCUUCGACUAUGGAAAUUUCACAAAAAUAUGGAAAAGAACAAGAGAAAAAACGUUAAAUUUUACGUAAUUUUCUUUCAAAAAAAUAAUUUUCGAAAAACCUAAAUGAUUCGUUAGUUAAUGUGAAACAAGAAUAUCACAAUUAAUUUUUUAUCCACAGAUUGGUAAAUUCACGGUGGUUUACUAUUUCACUGAAACUGAUUGUUGUGCAUGAAAACGCUACUUAAUAGUAAAAUUUCUUUCUAUUAACACAGUACAGCACUGGUGAAAUCAACAGUAUUUUGUCUCUCGGGUAGUCUAUUGUGUGUAAAGGAAUUUCUAAAUUGCGUUUGCCCUAAAUAGAUGUGGCUCAUUCAUCAAGUAAUCAUGCAAUGAAAGUUCCACAAAUGGAAACAAAAAAAACAUUUAUCCAAGUGAAAAACCACUAUCUAGAGCUUUUCAAAAUAAUUACCUACAUUCAGGCGAAUAUAUUUAUUAGUGUAUUGAAGUGUUUUACUGUACCUUUGGAAUAUAAAUAAUAUUGGCGAACAAUUUACACGAAAUAAUUCUCGUACGUUAUAAUAAAUUUAGUGAAACAAAAUUGAUGAUCGACCGCAAAUAAGUUCAAAUACCAAUAAUUGCCGUUUGCACACACACACACACAAAAACCUAAUUAACAAACGCUAAAAAUGAAUGAGACGAUGUGAAACAAAGUAUAUUCAUAUACCUGGGGCAAAAAACGAAGUUCUGAUUAUAGUAUUAAUUUUAGUAAACCCCUCUAUUUAUUCUUUAAUGUAGUUAUAGUCUAAAUUUCCGUAAGCUACAUCUACAUUUAUGCAUUAUUUUUUAUAUAUGGAAUGGAAAUUCAUUAAUUAUUCUAGAUGGUAAGCUUCUUUAAAACGUAACUGUAAUUAAACACUGUAUGUAUUUAUAUUGAAAUUUCAAUCUGAAUGAAAUAAAAAUUUACACAAGAUUUUA